CGAACGCGACGGGCGUUGCGUUGCGGUUUCUUGCCUUCUGUUCUGAUGCCUUGACAAUCGAUUGAUUACUUUUUUCAGCUUCUAUCAUUUUUGCGGUUGAUUAAUUUCCUGCAAAAGCAAGCCUCUGUAAAUUCGGUGUUGAUACUAAGUAUUCCUUAAAUAUACCCGAAAAUAUCAAGAUGAACGCACAACUGUUCAGCCAAAGCUCCUCGGCUCUCAAAGGGUACGAAAAUUUGGUGGAAUGUCCGUACAAUCGGGCGCACCAGAUUAUGCAGUUCCGAAUGCAAACACACUUGACCAAGUGCCGCAAAAAUUACAAGGAUCUGAAGUACGUGAAAUGUCCGUUUAACGAAACCCACGACAUUCCGGAAAAGGAGCUCCCGAUUCACGUUGAAAAUUGCGUUGAUCGCGAAUCGUUCGAUCGUUACAAGUUCUGUGUAGCAACAUCGGCAGCAACCAUCGUUCCAGAGGUGGCAUCAUCGGUCGACGAAUCGUUGGAUAAUAAAAUUAUGGGAAACCCCUUGGAAGAACUGUGGGAUGAGGGUCCGAUGGUUCGGGCUUAUAAUCCCCAUGCUUAUGCGGCCCGCUCAAAUGUUAUUCGGAAGUGUACCGGAAUGGCGCCAUCGCAGAAAAAAGCAUUCAAGGAAUCCGAACGCCAACGUCUGGCCGAUCUCAAGCGUCGCUACGAAGUGAAAACUGAGCAAAAAUAAUUAAUUGAUCCGACGAGAAUCCUCCCUAGAGAUAUGGUCCGUUACAACCAUUCAUCUAUAGAUGGGGAGCAACAUUACUUUUUUUCAGGGAAAGUCAUAGAAUUCACUUCAUCAUCAGUUGAUUGUUGAUCACGUUUUUUGAAACAUGAUUGAUGCUUUGCUCAGUAUAAAGGAUUAAUAUCAAUAAAUUCGUUAAAGAUAUUCUUUGUA